CACAGCUUGAGGGAGCAGCAUUCAGCUCUGUGCGUCAAGUCUCAACCUGUGGGAGCCUGAAAGGGAACCGUCGGCCACUCAGGGACCAUCAAGAUGAGUGACAACACUUCCUUGGCUCCUCCAGUACCGACCCAGGGCCCCACCACCCCACGUAAAGGUCCCCCCAAGUUCAAGCAGAGGCAGACGCGUCAAUUCAAGAGCAAGCCUCCCAAGAAAGGUGUGAAAGGGUUUGGAGAUGACAUUCCAGGCAUGGAGGGGCUGGGAACAGACAUCACGGUGAUCUGUCCCUGGGAAGCAUUCAGCCACCUAGAACUGCACGAGCUCGCUCAAUUCGGGAUUAUCUAAGACUCGGGAGGCUCUGCCACUCUUGGUUGCAUGUGCUGUUAAUUUCAUUGCU